AUGGGUAGUGAAGAACGGCCUAAUAACUCUAUGGUUCCUUGUGAACGUAUUUUCAUUCAACGUGAUUAUUCAUCUGGUACAGCAGUACGAUUUCAAACUUUGCCAAUGCCUUUACAACUUCGUGGACGUAUUCCUCCUAAUCGAUACGCUGAUGCAAUCGCUCGUUUGAAUAAAUUAUUCGAUGAAGCUGAAACAAUUAAUUCUUCAGUUUGUCUAGAGAACUUAUUUGGUUGUUUAACAGCAUAUCUGAUAUUUUUAUGCAUGAAGACACAUUAUGAUAAGGUAUUGCAUAAAGUGACUUUAGCUGUUGCGGAUUUAAAUGAGAAAUUAUUUUUACCGAAUGGAUUACUUAUGAUUGAUCCAUCAGAACGUGGACUUAGGGUAAUAGAGUUAUGUAUAUUCCAUUCUCAAUGA